AUGGAGAGGCUCCUCGCCAGCCUACUUGGCUUUCUAUUGGUGGGCCCGCGCAUCGCCGCGCCCCCCGUUUCUCCUCUGCUCCCACCAACUUGUUCCUAUUUAGCCCCCCGCUUCGCUGGCGUCUCGCAUUUCGGUCCCCACUCACUGCGAACGGAGUCCAAGGCAGACGCUGCCACCGAUUCACGAGCGGUGGAAGGAAGAGGAGAGGGAAAGAAGAUGCAGAACGUGGUGGAGGUCGAGCCGGGCCGCCCGGCCGCCGAUGGCCGGUUCUCCGUGGGGCCCACCUACCGGAGCGCCUUCGCCCGCGACGGCUUCCCGCCCCCCGUCCCCGGGCUCGAUAGCUGCUACGACAUCUUCCGAAUGGCUGUGGAGAAGUAUCCAAACAACAGAAUGCUUGGUCACCGUGAGAUUGUUGAUGGGAAGGCUGGUGGAUACGUCUGGAAGACUUACAAGGAGGUUUUUGACAUUGCAAAUAAAAUCGGUAACUCUAUUAGGAGCCGUGGACUUGCAAAGGGCAGCCGUUGCGGUAUCUAUGGUGCUAAUUGUCCUGAAUGGGUUAUCACAAUGGAGGCUUGCAAUGCCCAUGGAAUCUACUGUGUUCCAUUAUACGACACACUUGGAGCUGGUGCAGUAGAGUUUAUUUUGUGCCACGCAGAAGUUGAGAUUGCUUUUACUGAGGAAAAGAAAGUUGAGCUGCUCUUGAAGACUUUACCUAAGUCAAGUGAGUUCUUGAAAACAAUUGUGAGUUUUGGCAAGGUAACUCAAGAACAAAUGGAAGAAGGUUCCAAAUAUGGGGUGUUAAUAUACUCGUGGGAUGAAUUUCUGUCCCUGUCAGGUGACCAAGAAUUUGAUCUUCCAGUCAAGGAGAAGACAGAUAUAUGCACUAUAAUGUAUACUAGUGGAACUACUGGUGACCCGAAAGGAGUACUGAUAUCCAAUGCGAGCAUUAUUUGUCUCAUCGCAGGUGUGGACCGGCUGCUUAAUUCUGUAAACGAGGAGCUGGCAGAAAUCGACGUUUACAUGUCUUACCUUCCUCUUGCGCACAUCUUUGAUCGUGUCGUGGAGGAGUUGUUUAUGUUCCAUGGUGCCUCUAUUGGAUUCUGGCGUGGGGAUGUUAAACUGUUAGUUGAAGAUAUUGGUGUGCUGAAACCAACAAUCUUGUGUGCUGUUCCACGUGUUCUUGAUCGGAUAUUUUCUGGACUCCAAGCUAAAAUUUCCUCUGGUGGUUUUGUAAAGAGUACACUGUUCAAUCUUGCUUACAAAUUCAAGCAGUUUAGAAUGAUGAGAGGAGCUAAGCACAAUGAAGCUGCAGCCAUAUGUGACAAAGUAGUUUUUAGUAAGGUGAAAGAGGGUCUUGGUGGAAAUGUUAGAGUUAUUUUAUCUGGAGCUGCUCCACUUGCCACCCAUGUUGAAGAAUACUUGCGAGUGGUGACGUGCGCACAUGUCAUACAAGGAUAUGGUCUCACGGAAACUUGUGCUGGAUCUUUUGUUUCGUUACCAAAUCAGAUGUCCAUGAUAGGGACUGUUGGUCCUCCAGUGCCAAACAUUGAUGUUCGUCUGGAGUCUGUCCCAGAAAUGGAUUAUGAUGCACUUGCAAGCAGAGCUCGUGGAGAAAUCUGCAUCAAGGGAGAAACAUUAUUCUCAGGAUAUUACAAGCGAGAAGACCUUACAAAGGAGGUCUUGGUUGAUGGAUGGUUCCAUACUGGUGACAUUGGUGAGUGGCAACCUGAUGGAAGUAUGAAAAUCAUAGAUCGUAAAAAGAACAUAUUCAAACUUUCACAGGGAGAAUACGUGGCAGUUGAAAAUUUGGAGAAUAUUUAUGGUCUUGUUUCUGCUAUAGACUCGAUAUGGGUAUAUGGGAAUAGCUUUGAGUCCUUCCUUGUCGCUGUGAUCAAUCCCAACAAGGAAGCUCUUGAGAGUUGGGCUGCAGCGAAUGGAAUCAGUGGUGAUUUCGAGUCGUUGUGCCAGAACCCUAAAGCAAAGGAAUACUUUUUAGGAGAACUGUCGAAAAUAGGCAAAGAGAAGAAGCUCAAAGGUUUUGAAUUCAUAAAAGAUGUACAUCUCGAACCAGUGCCUUUUGACAUGGAUCGUGACUUGAUCACUCCAACAUAUAAAAAGAAGCGGCCGCAGUUGCUUAAGUACUACCAGGGUGUGAUUGACAACAUGUACAAAGGUGCCAAGUGAGCUCACCAUGCCGUAUAGAAGAACACCCGAGAUGAAGAUUCCCAACGUUGAAGAAGCUGACUGGAGUUCCGAACUGAGAAGUGUUUUUGUUGUGCUGUGUAUACGUUCAUAGUUUGGAUGCAAGUAUUCUGUAACACCUUAUCAGAAAACGAUUGGCCAUAUAUAUAGCAAACGAGCAAUGCGCUAGCAUGUGGAACUUGCAUAUACCAUUUCAUGAUCUUUGAAAUCUGAAACUGCCAGUUUUGCGUUA